CUUUCUGCAGAGGGCGUGUUGUGAGGGUGCCCAAAGGUCCUCUUAUUCGAGUCACGGGCACGGAGGUGGUGAUCCCUUGCAGCGUUAGUGACUACGAUGGACCCAGUGAACAGAACUUUGACUGGGAGUUCUCCCGGGAGACUGACUUUGUGCGGAUAGUGAGUACCUGGGAUCCUACAUUCACCUCUGAGGAGUACCAAAAACGCGUGGGCCUCGGGGAUAUCAAACUGAGACGGAGCAGCAACGAUGCUGUGGAACUUGUGAUUAGAAACAUCCAGCCAACUGACCAAGGGAGAUACAAAUGUUCCACGCCCAGCACUGAUGCCACCGUUCAGGGAAAUUACGAUGCAGAGGUCCAAGUGAAAGUGAUUUCGGAUGGCUUAUCAGUCAGUGGUUCAAAAGCACGUUCCUCGACGUCUCUCAGGCUGUCUGAGGGCGACUCCUUCAAGUUGCGCUGCUCAGCAGUUACCACCUCACCAGAGCACACUCACCUGCAUGUGACUUGGCAGAUCAAAAGUGGAUCGACUUGGCGGGACAUCCUAUCUUUGACUCAUGAGGGCAAAUUCCAGCCGGGUCCUGGCUAUGAAGAGCGCUACCGUAAUGGAGAUAUCCGCUUGGACACAGGAGCGAAUGACACGUAUCGGUUAUCUGUAUCCCAGGCCUCGUCGGUGGAUGCGGGUGCCUACAGAUGUCUUGUGAGUGAGUGGGUGAGAGGGGCAGACAGCUCGUGGCAGAAGAUUCAGGAGAAGAGCGUGGAGAUAGGAAGUGUGGCGGUCCAGCGGACUGCUCUAGAUGUGAUCAUCUCCACGAGCAACAUGUCUGUGACUGAAAGAGACUCCCUGGAUCUUACAUGCAACAUCACAACAGACAGGAGUGGUAUUUUCCAAGCGGAGGUGACAUGGUAUUUUUCUGCCUCACCUGAUGAUACCUUGUCAGAUGCUCAGGUUUUGCUGAGCAUGGACCGCGAUUCUGUCGUCAGUGACUCGACUCUCAUCAGCCUAAGCCAUGUAGAUAGGAACUCCUACCGCCUGUUGGUACGUGACAUGGAUGUGGAAGACUCUGGCUACUACUUCUGCCAAGCAGCUGUCUGGGUACCACUGCACAACGGGAGCUGGCAAAAGGUGGUGGAGAGGACAUCUACACCGGUCAGUGUGGUGGUGGCAGCAUUAGAGCCAGACUAUGAAGUGUUUCUAAAUGCCUCUAAAACACCCAAGUUUUCAGAUGACCCCACCGAGCUCAACUGCAGGAUCACAAACGCACAGGACACCAAAGCAAACAUCCGCUUCGCAGUUUCCUGGUACUACAGGCAGCGCCUGCGCAGCGACGAUGUGGUGACAGAGGAACUCCUGGCCACGAUGGAUGCAGACUGGACUCUGCUGCUUGGGGACAGGAGCAGAGAGCGGACUCAGAAUGGGGAAAUAAUCUUCUCCAAAAAGGCUGCUGACACCUUCAGUUUACGAAUCCAAUGGACUUCAGAAAGUGACAGAGGGGAUUAUUUCUGUGUCAUCUCUGCAUGGAGUAGGCACCGCAACAACAGCUGGGUAAAGAGCAAAGAUGUGACUUCUGCAUCUGUCGGCAUUUUCUGGGCUACACAAGAUUACACGCUUACAGUGGAGGCGGUGAAAUUGAAGCCAUUCUUUGUCGCGGGCCACACCUUUGAGAUGACAUGCAAAGUGUCUUCAAAAAACAUCAAGACGCCACGCUAUUCUGUCCUCAUUACAGCUGAGAAGCCACUAGCGGAUCAGUCCAAUCCCAAUGGAACCACUCGCAUAAUCUCCUUGAACCAGGAUUCAGUAGUGCGGCUGGAAGACUGGACGGAUCAGACCCGUGUGGACGGUGUGGUGCUGGAGAAGGUCCAGGAGAAUGAGUUCCGUUACAGGAUGUACCAGACCCAGAUUUCUGAUGCUGGGCUGUAUCGCUGUGUGGUGACUGCCUGGUCUCCAGGUGGUGGUGGCAUGUGGCGAGAAGCAGUGAACGGUUUAUCCAACCCUAUCCAGAUAGCCUUCCAGACGUCAG